UGUAAUAUCAAAACACUCGUUUGAAAAUGCUAUAAUUUGCAUUUACCAGCAGAAUCAGUUAUACGUUAUUUAUAUUUGACUUUAUUUUUCCUGAGGAGUUAUAACAAAAUCAAAUACGAUUUUUGAAAAAUGCGGUCGUAUCGAUACGUAAAUACAGGCGCAUAUUGACCAGGAAGUAGAAUUACUGGGAAGACCGCUGGAAGUAGGAAGUAAAUUAACAACGGCAAUCUUUUCACUGGCUUUUAUAAAGCAAUAAAGAGCCAUAACAAAGACACCAACAAGAUGUCACAAUCGCGGAUCCCUGUGUUGGCGGCGGUGGUUAGGGAGCGCCUCCAGGUGGCGGCCAUCGACUUCGGGACGACAUACAGCGGCUACGCGUUCUCCUUUCGGUCAGAUUUCCUGGAUGAUCCCCUCAAGGUCAAUACCAACCAGUGGCAGGCUGGCGGGGGAAGGGCCACGUCGCUUAAGACUUCUUCAUGCAUCCUGUUCAACCCGCGGGGCGAGUUUGACAGUUUUGGUUUCGAGGCAGAGGACCGGUACGCAGAACUCGCCCUAGAAGAUGACCACAAGGACUGGUUCUACUUCAAACGAUUCAAAAUGCUCCUCUAUGAAAACAAGGACCUGAGCCGACAUACCGAACUGACGGACGACAAGGGGAAGCGAAUGCCGGCAAUGAAGGUGUUCGCAGAGGGCAUCCGGUAUCUGAAGGAGCACCUGCUGACGGCAUGCGGAGAGCGAACGCACGGACUGGACGAGCGAGAGAUGCACUGGGUGCUCACCGUCCCCGCCAUCUGGGACGACAGUGCAAAGGCGUUCAUGCGGGAGGCCGCCACCAAUGCCGGUAUCGCAACCGAUCAGCUGUCUCUGGCGCUGGAACCGGAAGCAGCUUCGCUGUUUUGCAAGUACCUGCCCGUUGAGAAGAUAGAGGGGGCCACCGGAAAAGGAAUCUCUGCCUUCGCCCCCGGAAGGAAGUACUUGGUCCUUGACGCCGGCGGCGGGACCAUUGACAUCACUGUACACGAGACACAGCGGGAUCACACGGUGCGUGAGCUGUACAAGGCGAAUGGUGGACCCUGGGGUGGUACGCGUAUCGAUGAGGCUUUCAUCACCUUCCUUACCGACAUCACCGGUACUGAGGUCAUGGAGAAGUUCAAGAGCGAUCACCGAGACGAUUACCUGGACCUGUUACGGGACUUCGAGGUGAAGAAGACGGGCUUCGUGCCAGACAUGGACCAGAAGGUCACGUUCAAAAUGCCCAUCUCCAUCCACGAGACGUUUAGUUCUGUUCGAGGCGAAGACUUCCGUCGAAGUCUCAUAAUGAAACAUGAUCUGAAGGACCAGGUGACGUUCGCCGGCGACAAGCUACGCAUCCAGGCCGCGCAGGUUAAGAACUUCUUCACGGAGACAUGCGACACCAUCAUAGGUCACCUCCGGAAUGUCCUCGGGCAGCCUACAGUCCGCGGCACCGACACAAUCCUAAUGGUUGGUGGCUUCUCGGAGUCGCCAAUGCUGCAACGGGCCGUCAAGGAGGCUUUCUCUGAGAUGAAGAUCAUUAUCCCUGCGGAAGCUGGGCUUGCAGUGCUGAAAGGAGCAGUCAUCUUUGGCCACAACCCCACGGCCAUUGCCUCUCGGGUGUCUAGGUUCACGUAUGGGAUAUCGGUAAACAAAACAUUCAUACCAGGGGUACAUCCGGAAUCAAAGAAGGUCAUAAAUGACGGUAGAGCUGAUUGUCAGGAUUGCUUUGACAAGCACGUACAAAUUGACCAAGAAGUUGAAGUCGGACAAAGCUUCGAUGAGAAAGGCUAUAUUCCCUCAAGAAGAAACCAGAGGACUGUGGCAGUCAGAGUCUUUACAUCUACCGAAAGAAACCCGAAAUAUGUUGACGAUCCUGGAUGCACUGAGCUUGGAAAUAUCAAUGUUGAUAUGUCCAACAUCGAUUCAUACGAGGAAAGGAACUUCGUUGUAAAGAUGAUUUACGGAGACACGGAACUUCACGUUGAGGCUAAGGUGUUGAAAACAGGUGAAGUCCUUAACGCAUCAUUCGACUUUCUUGCUUGAUCAAGAAUCAACUUUUGACUAGUUUUAUGUUUGCCUAUUUAUAAAGUGUUCCCAAGAAACUGCACAGCGAUGUUUUAUGAACAUGAUUUACUUCGUAAUCGUCUAAAAAUAGCUUAUAAACUACGUGACAUGCUCCUGGAUCAUCGUAUUAAUCCACAUUACCUAUUCAUUUAGUAUCAAUUUUGUCGUGGGAGUGUUAUUGCUUUAUGUUUUUUGUAAUUGUUCUCAUUGCACCGAAAAUAAUGUUCUGUGAUUUGUACAGCUGUGAUCAAUUUUUGUUUCAAAAUGUUUCGUCUUAUCAACGUAUAAUUAUCGUACAACCGCUUUUGUCAUUAAAUCAUUUUAAAGCAGUUACAUGUACGGAAGACUAUAUGACUGCAUGGUCAUUAGCCGGAUUUUUCAUCGAAAAAUUACGGGUUAUAGAAUGGCGAAAACCGGGCGGGCGGGCGGUCUGGUGGGCUUUAACAAUUUUGCGUUAAAGUUUGCAUUUUAUGUAAUAAAAUCAAGAGUUUUUAUCCAAUGGUAAUCAAACUUCAUACGAUGGUAAAGUAUAAUGAGAGGAAGUGCGGUGUACAAUAACCAUAACUCUAUUUUUGCUAAUUAUUGAGCUAUUGCCCCUUGUUACUUUUUUUGUCCGGAGUAUAACUUGAAAAGUACUGGAUGGAAUUCAUUGGAACUUCAUACAAUGUCAAAGCACAGUGAGAGGAAGUGCAGUGUACAAUAACCAUAACUCUAUUCUUGCUUAUUACUGAGUUAUUGCCCCUUUUUACUUUUUUGUCCGGAGUAUAAUUUGUUUAAAAGUACUGGAUGGAAUUCAUUGGAACUUCAUACAAUGGUAAAGCACAGUGAGAGAAAGUGCAAUGAUCAAGAACCAUAACUCUACCUAAACUAAUUACUGAGUUAUUGCCCUUUAUUUGUUUUUUUUUGCUGUCAAUUUUUUUCAAGACAUUAACUUGCAAACUACGAGAUGGAAUUUAUUAAAACUUCAUUUAAUGGUAAAGCACAAUGAGAGGAAGUGAAGUGCACAAGAACCAUAUCUCUAUUUCAGCUUAUUACAGAGUUACUGCCCUUUGUUACCUUUUUCUUGUCUGGAGCAUAACUUAAAAACUGUUGGAUGGGAUUUAAUAAAACUUCAUACAGUUAUAGAUCAUAAUGAGAGGGAGUGUAGUGUACAAGAACUGCAAUUCUAUUCCAGCUUAUUACAUAGUUAGUGCCCUUUGUUGCUUUUUCUUAUCCGGAGCAUAACUUGAAAACUAUUGGGUGGAAUUUAAUAAAAAUUCAUACAGUGAUAGAUCAUAAUGAGAGGAAGUGAAGUGCACAAGAACCAUAACUCUAUUUCAGCUUAUUACAGAGUUACUGCCCUUUAUUACAUUUUUCUUGUCCGUAGCAUAACUUAAAAACUAUUGGAUGGAAUUUAAUAAAACUUCAUACAGGGAUAGAUCAUAAUGAGAGGGAGUGCAGUGUACAGGAACAGCAAUUCUUUUUCAGCUUUUAAUAGAGUUACUGCCCUUUGUUUCUUUUUUCUUGUCCGGAGCAUAACUUGAAAACUAUUGGAUGGAAUUUAAUAAAACUUCAUACAGUGAUAGAUCAUAACGAGAAGUAGUGUAAUGUACAGGGACCGCAAUUCUUUUUCAGCCAAUUACAGAGUUAUUGCCCUUUGUUACCUUUUUCUUGUCCGGAGCAUAACUUGAAAACUAUUGGAUGGAAUCUAAUAAAACUUCAUACAGUGAUAGAUCAUAAUGAAAGGGAGUGUAAUGUACAGGAACCGCAAUUCUUUUUCAGCCAAUUACAGAGUUAUUGCCCUUUGUUACUUUUUUCUUGUCCGGAGCAUAACUUGAAAACUAUUGGAUGGAAUCUAAUAAAACUUCAUACAGUGAUAGAUCAUAAUGAGAUGGAGUGCAGUGUACAGGAAUUGCAAUUCUAUUUCAGCUAAUUACAGAGUUACUGCCUUAGGAGAAAGAAUUCCAUGGCCAUAAAAAUUCAUUAAUUUUAGUCAAAUCUUUAUGAAACUUGCUCAGAAUCUUUGUCUACUUGUUGUCUUAAACAUUUGUGAAUAUGGGUCACCUCAGAUCAAAAACUAGGUCAAAUCUUAGGAAAUAUUUUCCUGAUGUCAUAAAAAAAAAUUAAAAAUCAUAAAACUUUUCAUGAAACUUUUACAUUUUUUUUCUUCAGGAUAUCUUAGUCACGUUUAAGUAUAAUAGAUUUUCAAGAAACUUUUGCAUUUUUUUCUCCAGGAUAUCAUAGUCACAUUAAAGUAUAAUAGAAUUUAAGCAUAAAUUACAGUUUUUUACUGCAGGAUAUUGAUUUUUUUUCAAUUUUCAUUUUAAGUGUUUGAAUUUGUAAAUAGCACUUUUUUGUCUCACUUUUUAGAAACACAUUGUUUUUUGCCCAUGUAUUUGUUGCUUUAAGUUAUACAAAAUUAUGUUUAUUCUUAAAUUGGAAAUUGGAGUUCAAAUUAAGAAAACAAUAAAAACAGAAGUUAAUGUAAUUAAAGAACACGGUCGAUCGUGGUUUUAAACCAACUCCUUGCAUGUUUUCAUUCUAUUUGUUGUUAAUGGUAUGUCGAACUGCCAUUCUUAUUAUUAUCAAAAUGAAUAAAGGUUAUUCAAUGUA